AUGUCAACAAUCGGCACAACAGCAAUACAAACAACUACAGCACCAAACUCUUUAGUCAUGAAUCCUACGUCAAUGUUAGUAGAGAUGAAAAGCUUCAUUCCUUCUUCAUAUACUUUUGAAACAGAAAUCCAGAAGAUAAAGCAAGAACUUUUAACAUGUAAUUUAGACUGUAGUGCGAAAGAUGAAACAAAUGAACAGUAUCUUUAUGAAAUGGAGGACCUCAUCGACCAUUUACCCAAAUUGCCUGAAAUUCAGCAACAAAAACUAACUAUUCCUGAAUUCGAUGAAAUAGAAGUCAAAGCAACUGACUCGGUAGAAAUAAAGAAGUUCAUACGAAAGGUAAACUAUGAGUUUCUAGGAUUUCAUUGCAACCAUAAGGUUAUGGACAAAGAUUGCGACAUGGUAUAUAAGAAUGUUUCUGACAUAUAUAAAUCUGAAGAAUUUAAGACCUACGACAACUUUGUUUCGUUAGUUGCUGAAUGUGUAUGGCAGAUAAGAGAUAAAGAUAGAAGAGGCAAAGUAUGGAAUAAACAGAUAAAACCAGCAACUUUUGA